AUGGGGAAGCUAAGCAAUGGGAUCACACCAACUUUUUGCAGUAGGAAUCGGCAGUCAGUCACUGUCUGUUGUAGUGACGAUAGCUCCAUACUUAACACUGCUAAUAACCGAAAACAACAGCUGUCGAACCAGCAGACAGUAUCAAAAGAUGGACGAAGAUUGAGCGAAAUAAAAUGCGAGGAGUACAGUAAGCGUGUGUACGAAACAGUAGGAUAUAUAGCGUUGGUUCCGGAUCCGGAAACUAUGUCGAUAUCCGCCCCAAAAUGUGACUAUAACGGAGUCGAGCUGAUAGUGGGCGGAGAAGAUGCGGAAACUGGGGAAUUCCCGCACAUGGCUGCAAUAGGAUGGAUCAAUUUAGAAGGCACAUAUUCGUUCUUGUGCGGCGGGAGUUUAAUAAGUUCCAAGUUCAUUCUGACAGCAGCGCAUUGUACCAGAUACUCAAAAAUGAGAGAACCGAAACCAGUCAUCGUGAGGUUGGGAGAUCAAAACUUAAAUACUUCAGUUAGCGACGGUGCUAGCCCUAUUGAGGUACCAAUAAAGAAUAUUAUAAAGCACCCAUUAUACAAGUCUCCCGGUAAGUAUCAUGACAUAGCGCUACUGGAACUGCUUUCUGACGUGGACUUUGAUUCCUCAAUCAGACCGGCAUGUCUCUGGAACAGAGCCGACUUCCCUGGACAUACGAAGGCUGUGGCUACUGGGUGGGGGGUCGUUGACCCGCGUACACAGCGUACUUCAGAUGAAUUACAGAAAGUGUCGCUUACUUUACUAGAGAAUGAUUUCUGUAAUAUUUUAUUGAAGACUAAGAGGAAUAGAUUGUGGAUGGAAGGUUUUACUGCGGACCAGCUCUGUGCUGGCGAAUUAAGAGGAGGGAAGGAUACCUGCCAGGGUGAUUCAGGAUCUCCUCUCCAAGUGGUGUCAAGAGAGAACAAAUGCGUUUUCCAUAUAGUUGGUAUUACGUCUUUUGGUCAUAAAUGCGCCCAAUCUGGAAGCCCCGCUGUGUAUACAAGAGUAUCUUCAUAUUUAGACUGGAUAGAAUCUGUCGUGCUCAAUAGAAUAAUACCAACAUUCUGUCAAAGGUUUGAGACCACAGUCGUAGUCUGUUGCAGCGACAACACGUUGACUUUCGGAUCUGUCAAUGUCCCACCUCCCAUUCAACCGCUGAGAUUACCAUCACCUCAACCUGUACCAAAACCAACUAAUAAUGAGCUCCGAUUGAGUGAGAGAAAAUGCGCGGAAUAUAGCAACGAUGUAGUCGAAAAUAUUGACGAUACUGGUGGCAUAAAAACGUCGAAAUGUGACUACAAUAAGCAACACUUGAUAGUGGGGGGAGAAGAUGCCGAAAGGGGGGAAUUUCCACACAUGGCAGCGAUUGGUUGGAUAAACCUUGAAGGUACAUAUUCCUUCCUGUGUGGAGGGAGCCUUAUCAGCCCCAAGUUCGUGAUGACAGCCGCACACUGCUCCAAAUACGCCAAGAUGAGAAUCCCAAGACCAGUCAUCGUGAGACUCGGAGACCAGAACAUUAAUACGGAGAAGUUUGAUGGGGCAAAUCCCAUUGAUGUGAAAAUCAAAAGGAUCCUAAACCACCCGCUGUAUAAAUCUCCGGGAAAAUACAACGAUAUUAUGCUCUUGGAAUUGGAGACAGAAGUCAAAUUCGAGGCGGCCAUUAGACCUGCAUGUUUGUGGAGUCAACCUGAUUUCGAGGAGUAUACUACAGCUGUAGCGAUAGGUUGGGGUAUUACUGACCCACGCACACAAAGAACUUCCGACGAGCUCAGAAAAGUAUCGCUGUCAUUAUUCAACAAUACCUUUUGUAAAAGUGUUUUGACACCAAAAAGGAAUCGCAAUUGGCCGGAUGGGUUCAGAGACACGCAGGUCUGUGCUGGGGAAUUACGAGGAGGGAAAGACACGUGCCAGGGUGACUCCGGAUCUCCACUCCAAGUUGUCUCCAAACAGAAUAAAUGCGUGUUUUACGUUGUAGCCAUAACUUCGUUCGGACCAGGCUGUGCUUUGAAGGGAACGCCAGCUAUUUACACGAGAGUAUCCUCAUAUCUUGAUUGGAUCGAAUCAGUUGUGUGGCCAGAGGGAUAG